GCCCCCAGAGCGAGAGCGUGAGCGCCCGGGCGAGGAUUUUGGAGUGAGGCUGGUGCAAGCUGCGCCCGGGGGUCGCAGGCAGCGCCGCGCACGGAGCCUCCCGGGUCUCAUCGGCUGGUGCAGGAGGAGAGGCAGCCGGGGAACCACAGCCGGGACCGAGCCACGCUUCGUGGCUGUCGGCUGGCUCCGAUCCGAACCUCGUAGCCGGAGCUCCCGGGAUCUUUGAGCCGGGCUGUGCGCGGAACCGAAGCGGACCGUCCACAAAGGCCUGGAGGAACCUGCAUCAGGGCUGCCCCGAAAGGACCAGAAGACCAGCCGCGGGUUAGUUAGCAGCCCAGAAGCAACAUUUGCAACUCUCCGGGCUGACCGGACCGGCCGUCUUCAGAAGCCCUGGUCGGUAUCGGCUCGGAUCCGAUCCGGACGCGUCCCGGGAGGCGCUGGGACUGGCGGCGAUCUAGAGAGACGCGGUGCAGAGAGGCCCGCGACAGUCGCCCCCAGGGAGGGCUGGCACUGGACCCGGUUCGGCAGGAGAGGGGCGCGUCCGCCCCCAGUCCAAGUCCAUCUCCACUCGGAGGGCUUCGGCGUCCCCGACGUGCUGUGGAGGGGACGGGGCUUAUCUCGCCGCCCGCUCUCCCGGACUAGGACCCGGCUUGGCUGGACAGACGAGCUCCCCACCGGCCGGGACUGCCGGGUCGAUCUCUCGGACCCUGGAGGAGUUUAAUCGCAGGAGUUUAAACGCGACGUAAUCCGGAGUGGAAGAGGAUCCUGCUCUCCUUACCGCCACUAUCAGCAGCCGCUGCGACCCGGACAUCCGAGCCGGCUCCGGACUCUGUAGCCGCCCCGCCGGGUCCGGCCCCCGCGAUGGCCGCAGCCCGCCCGGGGGCGCCCCUGCUGCUCCUCCCGGUGGUGCUGCUGCUGCUUUUCUCGCUCCUGCCAGGCGGCUGCCGCGCUUUGGAAGAAACACUGAUGGAUACGAAGUGGGUGACUUCUGAGUUGGCGUGGACUGCUCAUCCAGAAACUGGGUGGGAAGAAGUCAGUGGCUACGACGAGGCCAUGAACCCCAUCCGGACAUACCAGGUGUGCAACGUCCGAGAGACCAACCAGAACAACUGGCUGCGCACCCAGUUCAUCGAGCGCCACGAGGUGCAGCGCGUCUACGUGGAGCUGAAGUUCACGGUGCGGGAUUGCAACAGCAUCCCCAACAUUCCGGGCUCCUGCAAAGAAACCUUCAACCUCUUCUAUUACGAGUCCGAUACAGACUCUGCCUCCGCCUCCAGCCCCUUCUGGAUGGAAAACCCAUACAUCAAGGUGGAUACAAUUGCCCCUGACGAGAGUUUCUCAAAGCUGGAGUCUGGCCGGAUGAACACCAAAGUGCGCAGCUUCGGGCCCCUCUCCAAGAACGGCUUUUACCUAGCCUUCCAGGACCUGGGGGCUUGCAUGUCCCUCAUCUCAGUCCGUGCCUUCUACAAGAAGUGCUCCAGCACAAUCGCUGGCUUUGCAGUUUUCCCCGAGACCUUAACAGGGGCGGAGCCAACCUCCCUGGUGAUUGCCCCGGGGACCUGUAUUGCCAAUGCAGUGGAAGUAUCGGUGCCCCUAAAACUGUACUGUAAUGGCGACGGAGAAUGGAUGGUACCGGUGGGAGCUUGCACGUGUGCUGCUGGGUAUGAACCAGCCAUGAAGGAGACUCAGUGCCAAGCUUGUGGCACAGGCACAUUCAAGUCCAAGCAAGGGGAGGGCCUGUGUUCCCCCUGCCCUCCCAACAGCCGGACGAACUCUGGGGCCGCCACCCUGUGCACGUGCCGCAGCAACUACUUCCGGGCAGACACCGAUCCCCCUGACAGCUCCUGCACCAGCGUCCCCACGUCCCCACGCAACGUCAUUUCCAAUGUGAACGAGACCUCGCUGGUGCUGGAGUGGAGCGAGCCCCGGGACUCUGGUGGCCGGGACGACCUGCUGUACAACGUCAUCUGCAAGAAAUGCAGCGUGGAGCGCCGCCUGUGCAUGCGCUGCGAUGACAACGUGGAGUUUGUUCCCCGCCAGCUUGGCCUGACCGAAAGGACCAUUUACAUCAGCAACCUGAUGGCCCACACUCAGUACACCUUUGAGAUCCAGGCCGUGAAUGGCGUCUCCAGCAAGAACCCCCAGAACCCACAGUUUGCCUCUGUCAACAUCACCACCAACCAGGCAGCUCCCUCGGCAGUUCCCACGACGCACCUGCACGGCAGCACGGGAAGCAGCAUGGCCCUUUCCUGGGAGCCACCAAAGCAGCCCAAUGGGAUCAUCCUGGACUAUGAGAUCAAGUACUUUGAGAAGCAGGGCCAGAGUGACGGCAUUGCCAACACAGUCACCAGCCAGAAGAACAUGGUGCGCUUGGAAGGGUUGAAGCCCAAUACCGCCUACAUGGUGCAGGUCCGAGCACGCACGGUGGCUGGCUACGGCCAGUACAGCGUCCCAGUGGAGUUUCGGACACCAGAAGAGAAUGGCUCCAGCAGCAAAAGCUUCCAGGAACUGCCUCUCAUUGUGGGGUCGGCCACCGCUGGUCUUGUCUUUGUGAUUGCCGUGGUGGUGAUUUCCAUCGUCUGCUUCAGGAAGCAGCAAAACAGCACAGACUCGGAGUACACUGAGAAACUGCAGCAAUACAUCACUCCCGGGAUGAAGGUUUACAUCGACCCUUUCACUUAUGAGGACCCUAAUGAAGCUGUCCGGGAAUUUGCCAAGGAAAUUGAUAUUUCUUGUGUGAAGAUCGAGGAGGUGAUUGGAGCAGGUGAAUUUGGGGAAGUCUGUCGAGGCCGUCUUAAGCUGCCCGGCCGGCGGGAGAUCUUUGUGGCCAUCAAAACGCUGAAAGUGGGCUACACCGAGCGGCAGAGGCGGGAUUUCCUGAGCGAGGCUAGCAUCAUGGGGCAGUUUGACCACCCUAACAUCAUCCACCUGGAGGGCGUGGUCACCAAAAGCCGGCCAGUCAUGAUCGUCACAGAGUUCAUGGAGAACUGUGCCCUCGACUCCUUCUUGCGGCUGAAUGACGGGCAGUUUACGGUGAUCCAGCUGGUUGGAAUGCUGCGUGGCAUCGCAGCCGGCAUGAAGUACCUCUCGGAGAUGAACUAUGUGCACCGAGAUCUGGCUGCCCGCAACAUCCUGGUCAACAGCAACCUGGUGUGCAAAGUGUCUGACUUUGGGCUCUCGCGCUUCUUGGAGGAUGACCCCUCAGACCCGACGUACACCAGCUCGCUGGUAUGUGGUGGUAAGAUCCCGAUCCGAUGGACGGCUCCAGAAGCCAUUGCCUACCGCAAGUUCACUUCUGCCAGCGACGUGUGGAGCUAUGGGAUUGUCAUGUGGGAGGUGAUGUCCUACGGCGAGAGGCCCUACUGGGACAUGUCCAACCAGGAUGUGAUCAAUGCCGUGGAGCAGGAUUACCGCCUCCCACCCCCCAUGGACUGCCCCACAGCACUGCACCAGCUCAUGUUGGACUGCUGGGUACGCGACCGCAACCUUCGGCCCAAGUUUGCACAGAUAGUGAACACGCUGGACAAGCUCAUCCGCAACGCAGCCAGCCUGAAGGUCAUCGCCAGCGUGCAGUCUGGCGUGUCUCAGCCGCUCCUGGACCGCACUGUGCCGGAUUACACUACCUUCACUACUGUGGGAGACUGGCUUGACGCUAUCAAAAUGGGACGGUACAAGGAGAACUUUGUCAACGCUGGCUUUGCCUCUUUUGACCUGGUGGCCCAAAUGACAGCUGAGGACUUGCUCAGGAUAGGGGUGACGCUAGCCGGACACCAGAAGAAGAUUCUGAGCAGCAUACAGGACAUGAGGUUACAAAUGAACCAGACACUGCCAGUUCAGGUUUGACCACCGACGACUCUGGGUUUGGAAUGGACCUGCCGGAGGAAAUCUCCCUAGGAUUCUAGUUUGUGGUGCAGCCCAGCUUCCCGAGUUUGUGGGGGGCAUAUUUUUUCUUCUGCCUUGCCCCCCACCACUCCCUUAUCUUUGGGGGGAGCAUCUUGGCUUGUCAACAGACCUAUGGUGAAAUGGACUGGGAUGAUCCUAGCUAGAUGAAAGGCGCUCGAGGGGGGCAAGAAGGAACCCUGCUUCUUCUUUUUUUGCUGUCGCGUGCUUGAAAUUGUGCACCGACAAUGCAGAGUCUUCAUAUUGAAGACAGAUUACAAGGGGAAGCACCAGCUCUCUCUCCACUUGUGCUUCUCCUGCCAUUCAUUUUCUCCAUCUCCCUCCAGCGGUGCUGAGUUCUGCUCCUCCUCCCUCGGGCUUCUAAAAGUGGGCCCUCAGACGCAGCUCCACCUUGCAGCCCUUGGAGGUGCUUGCUGCCGUGCAUUCUUCCACUUCCAUUAGAGGAAGGAGGAAGGGUUCCCCAAGCAGAUGAACGGAGGAGCCUGCUGGAGCUGCAUCUCACCAGGAAGAGGAUCUAGCUGGGUGCUUUUCGCCCUGCGCACCCUUAGCCGGUUGUGCAACCCCCCCCCCGCCUAGGGAACCGCACAAGUAACGCCUACGGAACUGCCAAGUCAGCAAUGCUUUCUAUGCAGGGAGUUGGGCAAGCCAGCUCUGCAUCUUGCAUUCGCGGCCCCAAUGUUUCCAGAGGCCCAUCAGCACGAGUUUGCACAGAGAUCACACGGACGGACAGAUGGACGUGAAAGGCAGCCUUCCUGCCCGGCGGGAUUCAGGAGAGGGGCGGCUGAGCUGAGCGAAGGAGCCCGGCAGCCCCUCCCUCCCUCCCCACUUCAUGUUUUAUGCAGGAAGGAGCAGGCUCUGUCAGCCGCAGGCCCAUCUCUGCGGAUCCUCUUCUUGACACACGCUGUGAUUGCUGCCAAAAAGACUGGAACACUUCUUUCUCUCUCUCUCUCUCUUUUUGGUGUUUUGCUUUCUUCUGAAAGCCUCUGCAGCCCUGAGCCGAGGGGCAGAAGGCUCCCUUGUGGAGCUGGCAAGCUUGCAUGUGUAAGAGUGCGUGUACUGGCCGCCUGGACCGUGCAAGAGGCAUGGGCAGAAUAAAGGCAAUAACCGUU